ACCACGACCGCCACGUGCGCCCCGGAGCUCCCACUGCCACUCACUCCCUCUCCCACAAAACACUCCAUCCAUCUUGUGCUUGUUCCCCCUUGCUGGCAGCACCCCUUUAACGCUCUCUGGCGAAGCAGGACACGAGCCCCGCUGCGAUCCGACCUUGCACAACGCGUGGAUGAAUACUUGACGUCGCCUCAACCGCCGCUGUUGCCUUAUCAUUCGUGUGGAGUUCGAGGAUUUACGGCCGAGUCGAGAUGGAUAACCGAUGAUGAUAACAUGGAUGUGGUUUAAAACGUCGCCUUAGGCGACUUACAUUGCAUCGUAGAUAUAUUGCAUAGAUAUAUAUAUAUUUUUGGCGUGUCUAGUUUUCCCAACAAAAAUCAUUAGAGUCCAGAUGGAGAUAGUGAAGUGUGUGGACUUUUGUUACGUGAACGGCUUGUGUCUGAGGACGUGUUGUACCCCGGGAGAGCUUAGCCAAGGAGGCCUUAGAUGCCCAGGAGACGCUGCACCGCUCUCCUCACAGCUUCAAAGGUGGUAAUAGCCGAGGAGGACGCCGCAGAGAACGAUGAUUCUCUGCCCCACAAGUGAGUGUUGUGUGGCUGGUGAUGGGUGAUAGGGAAGGUGCACCUCGCAGCUGCAAGUGUUAGCGAGAAGUAUUAGGGGCACGAACACAAGACAUAACGAUCUAUGGCUGACGACAAUAAAGGAAUGUGGCACAAAUUCUCUGCGCUGCACCACUUCUCGCGGCGUAGCUCGACGGUGUUUUCACGGUCGCUGGUCUUCAACCUAAUAACAGUUUACACGCCCGUGCUGCUGCUGGCCGGUUCCAUCGUCACCUCAGCGAAGCAGAUCCUGAGUCCUAUACACUGCGAGGGCGAAGGAAAGGAUGGGCUCAGCAAAGAUUAUGUGGAGACGUACUGCUACAUCGAGGGCACCUUUAACCUGUACAUGAAGCAGGCGGAGCAGCAGGUGAGACCCGGACACCUGCCUCCGCGCCAAGAGGUCGGUAAAAAUGUCAUCUACCCCAACCUGGGCCAAUUCGUGGAGGGUCAGAGCUCUCGGCGGGAGAUCUCUUACUACCAGUGGGUGACGUUCUUCCUCCUGAUCGAGGCGCUGGUGAUCUACCUCCCGCGGCAGAUCUGGCACCAGCUGACCCACAGCCAGUGCCUCCCCUUCGACUUCACGAACCUCCGGCGUCGAGAAGACUGGGAAGACAAAAAGAACUUCCUGGUGUGGCAUAUGAAACAGACGCGGGGGAACCACGAGUAUUGGCUCUGGCAGUACCUCCUCACGGAACUCUUAGCGAUCGCGCUCCUCGCUUCUUUCUUCAUUCUAACCGACGUGUUUCUGGGUGGCGACUUCUACAAUUACGGCCUGGAUUGGUUCAACUUCAUGCACAAUGCCACCAACACGACCAUUUCUCCCAUGACGGCUCGGUUCCCACGUCUGACGGUGUGCAAGCUUCAGUACCACAGCCGCGGAGGCACCAUCAACAGCUACUACCCCCUCUGCCUCCUUCCUAUCAACUGCUUUAACGAUAAAAUUUUCCUGUUCCUCUACUUCUGGUACUGCAUGUUAUUCGGGCUGUCUCUACUGCGAGGGCUGUACAUGCUAGUGCUUCUUACCUGCAAGCCAGCCCGUCGUCUACGACUGAAGUUCAGCGCUAAAUUGGUGCCCGAAGAUACUUUGGAUCGGUUCAUUAACGCACACAACCUCAGUGACUGGUUUGUGUUGUGCAACCUGGCGCCCACCAUGGACCCUGUACUAAUCGCUGAGCUCGUGACCCAGCUUGUGUACGAGGUGCAAGGGGGAGAAAGUUCCGAUUCCAAACCGUCCCGCCUUGGUAAGCAAGAGAAAUCGCUACAGUCUGUAAAUUACAUAUGAGAUUCAGCGCCGCGCGCUUCCCCACACUCGCUCACACACUGCCUUCCCAAUGGCCAUCCCAAUUACGGAUGCCGCGCACACCUGCUCCCGUAUGGCCAGUAUCAUAAUCGCUACACGCCCCAAUACGGGCACGGCAAUGGCUACUCCAACGGCCACUGCGAGGCGCUGUAAGUGUGGUUGGCUCCUGCCUGGCCUCUGUGAGGUCUUCCACCCCUCAGACCUGGGCCAUGGCGGAGCACAGGGCUCGGCCCAGCCCCCUCUGCCAUGUCGACACUCGGGGCUGCAGAACCGCACGCAGGGGAAGGCGCCGCGCGACUCUCAUACCACCACACCACCACCUGGGGCCCGCCGCCCACCACGCACGGGGUGAACCUUCCGGCCGAGACACUGUGGGGAUGGUGGGCCGCGCAGCUCCACCGGAGAAUCAGGAAAAGCGACAGGAACAGCAGCAGAGCAGAACAAGAGCGUGGCCGAGCCCUACGCUUUGCCAUGGGACCUGCCGGCAUGAUGCAGGCCAAUGGGCGCUCCCUCGCCAGGGCGCCCACAGCAACACUCCAGGCCCGUGCAACACCCGCACUCUGCGUUUCCAACAGGGGGCCUGUCACAGUGAUAAAUAUCAUCAUUGAAAUUAUAAUCUGUUUGUUUUGUUACUGGCAUGAGUCUACAGGAAGAUUCCGCAGAGGUCUUGUCACUGCUGCAGAAGCCACGAUUUGCUAUCGGUCGGCGGCUCUUGUUAAGUCGAGUUUUUUCAUAUAGUGAAUCUAAUCUUUAAAAGACUGUUGUGUGUAUUUUAUAUGCUCGUAGAAAUUUUGUUUUGCUUACUUAUCUAAGCUGUGUAGCUGACUGGUGAUACUGCAAGAAAAAAUGUUUUCUGUAUAUUGAAAAUUAAGUCAGUAUUUCAAGUAUUCUUCAGUAUUAAGAAUGAAAGAAUAUAUACCAAAAGAAAUAAAUAUAUAUAUAAAUAUAUAUAAGUUUUGCUAUUCAUUUCGCGUGUGGUCUCUCAUAGUGCUUCUCAUUUAUGAACUCAAAAACAGAAACACAGUGGAUUUAUGCUACGUCAUGGUUGUUGACAUGCCACACGUAUAGUUGUACAGGCAACAGUGUGCACCGUGAUGACCUGACACUUGGCAAACCUGUGAAGCACCGGCCAACCACCAACGAGCCUCUGGGUCCACAGCCACUCACCCUGAACACAUGAACAAUCACCAUUACGCCAAAGUCCCAUAAUAUGACACAUGUUAUAUUCACAGAUCAAAACCAUGAAUAUGGACAGACAGUGAGGAGAAAAAAAUGAACUAAAUGUGAUCACGAAAGGGCUAAAAAAAAAAUACAUGUCUACGUGGAUUUCGACCCAGAGCGUUGUGAGGCCUAACACAGGGGUUACCCCUACCACUGCGGGCUUCCUGCUUUCCAGGGGUGGUUCUUGAGGAUGAUCAGACACCCCAGCCAUAAUAGCGUGUGACUCUGCCAAGUAUCUCACAGCACUAGGCAUAUUGGGUAUCAUGGAUGGACCUGUGCAAUUAUAGAUUUAAACAUAAGUUGACGUACCCGUGGAGGUUCCGAGUAGUGUUUUAGAGUCCCCAUGCUAAUUUCUAGGACAUCGACAUAAUGGCCGUUCUCUCCUUGUUAAACACUGCAUGGAGGCCGGGGUGGCUCCGGAGGGCACCAUGGCCACCCAGAUCGGCCAGCUGGUGCCCUCCCCCCUCCACCCCUGCCCCCAACCUUACCAUCUUACCAGCCUAUGUUGUAGCCAGAAGUUAUGUUUACUCGUCGGACGGGGCGUCAGACAGGUAACUUAAGUGUUUAGAGUUGUAUAAAGCUGGUUGUUUUCUCUGAUACUUUAUAGAGACUGAAGACUUUUCUAUUGUUUUGUUGUGAUGUGCAUAUUUUAUAUGUACUAAUGUCUUUUUUCGAGAUAGGUGAAAUCGAAUUUUACUAGAUCAUAUUUAUGUUGUCUGUUCAAUAUAAUGUUUAUAUAUCCUUACAGCAGAAUGUUAUUAGUUAUAGCUUCUUAAUGGAAUGCGCAUUACUUCUCCAUUAUCAAAGAAAGUUACAGUAGGGAGUUGCUUGAUACACACUUGCUUAGUUAACCUGUAGCUACUCACAGUUUAGAGCUCUCAGUACCAUACCUGUCUCCCUCUCUCUCCUCCUAAUUAUUAUUCCUUGUCUCUUUUACUCUUUCCCCUUUUGAUCAACCUACAAUGUGUCCCACAAACAGAUGUGAACUGCAUCUACUGUAGGCAGGGUCAAGAGGCCCUAAACUUGCCCCCUUGUUGUAUAUGUAGAAUGGGACCUUUUGUAUACAAGCUGCUAAAAGGCAAUGGAUUAUCAGAAACUGGUGCCACUAUUGUUAAUAGUUCAUCAUUGUACACAUUAAUAAUCCCAAUAUAUGAACAAUGCAUCACCAAUCUUAACAAUCUAACAAUGCAAUCAUAUUUUAUGAUGUCAGUUUAAGACUUGUUUCAGUUUGUUUUCAGAAUCCAGCUCUAAUUUCAUAGGUAUGCUUUUUCUGGUAUAUUUCCUUUGCAUCACAUUGAGAUACUUAAUCCAAUACCCAAUUUUGCAUCUUUAUGUAAGGAAAAAUUUGUAUAGUUGCUCUUCCUACCAUUAUGAUCUGCUCUUUAAUUGGAUAUUUUCCUAACUUCUAAUGAAAAGAAUGCUUAUAUCUCAUUUUGAACUGUUACAAAGAUUCAGAGCUCAUUCAGAACAACUCUGAACUUCAUAUCCAGUCAUCUACAUACUUUAGGAAAAUGUGGCACCAAAUUCUUGACUUAUCCAUAAUAAUCCUUGAACCAGUAGAGCUUCACAGUCAACCCUGCUGGGGGGGCGGUCAGCUGCCACAACCCUGGCGGUGAACUUCAAUCAAUGAUGGCGAAGGGGCAGUAGCUACAACUCGCAUUAAAAGCUGAGUUAGACAGCUCAUAGUUCUGAGUAUUAUAAAGUGAUUAGCAAGCGUGAUGCUUACAGAUUCACUUGAUGGUGAGAAUCGGCUGUAUGGCACAGUUUUUUAAGGAAUGAAGCUAAUCCUAGCAAAACAGUAUUGUCAGUUUUGUUGGUGAAGCUGCAAUUAAUGAAUGUCACAGUCAACUUUGCUGGGAGAGGUUUGCAGAUUCCAGUGACUUCAUUUUUCAACUUUGCUAGAGUAGGCAGCUGCCGCUACAAACCUUACAGUCAACCUUGCAAGGGGAGUUAGCAACUGCUAAAGCCCUGUCUGCCCGGAGCAUUACUCUUGGUUAGCAGUCAUAGUUCCAAGCAUUUGGUUCUUCAAUAAAGUUGAUUUUGAUAUUACAAAUUGAAGUAUUUUACACACAUAUAUAAAGCACACGAAAAUAUUUUUCCAUUGAAAAUGCAUAAUGUAACAAGAGGCACUUGUUUCUGGUCAUGUUAUGGUGUGAACAUGGGCCAAGAAGGCCUCCACUAGAAACAAGUCAAACAGAGAGAAAAAAAAAAAGGAAUCCUGUCGUCUUACACAUAAUCAUCAGUCGUUUACUCGUUGGUUGUGUAAACUCAAUUUACCUGUGGGAAAUUAUUUUUAAAAUAAUAUAUGACAUAGUUUUGAUACAAAGAAGACUGAUGAAUCUUAAACUUUAUUGAAGUGCUAGACUAUGUAAUGGGUCAUGAUUGGUAACCAUUUAAGCAUUUUAGAUUAAGUUAAUUGUGUCAGUGAAGGGGGGUAAUUUGAGGAGCAAGAUUGACUGCUAGGUAACGAGGCACAAGAGGGUUGACAGUGAAGGCAAUGUAGAGGUAUAAUACCCUGAAACAGUUAUUUGUUUGUAAUUAAUAUGUAUGAAGCCUAGAAAAAAUCAUUUUAAUGUAACCAGGGUUAGAGCUCAUUUCAGAGAUAAAGAGGAAAAUUAUAAUAUAAAAAAAAAAGAACUUUUGGCUUGUGUAACAUAUAAAAAGGUGGACUGUACAUCACAAGAUAAAAUAAAGAUCCUACGGUUGUUUCCUGCGGUGGCUCUCCUGAACCGAAUCUCCACCUGACCUGAGCAAGGAAGGCGCUGUGUGGUCAGCUGGUGACCCGGACAUGGCGAAUAGCCACGACCAGAGACCACCUUCAUUAUACAGCCACUUGGGAUUUUAAAUGAAAACUGUACUCUAAGUAUGAACUGUUAGAUAUUGUAAUGACUUGUUAUAACUUUUGUGAUCACACAGUAGAGGGUACUCUUUAUAGUAACCAGCUCUAUUUACAAUUGCUAGUCUUCGGUAUAUCCUGUUUUUUUUUUCUGAUUUUUCCUUUCUUUUUCUUUCUUUUUUUUUUAGGUUCAGUAGACAGAGACGUUGUUUUAUAUAAUAUAAACUUGGGUGAUCUUGUGUGUAAUUACUCUUGCUAAAUGUUAUUGUGCACUUCGGUUUAUGAUGAAAUGUGUUGUAUAGAAUUGGUGUCCAUAUCCCUAACAAGGUACCAACCUUGGUAUCAUUGCUUUACCAGUUGGUCUUAGGUGGUGAAUUAUCAAGAAAAUGCACUUUUUUUUUUUUAAUAAACAUACCUUAAAUACAAUUAAGUUUCCUAUGUAAAAAAUGCAAAUCAGAUUUUAUGGGUAUAUAUGAUGUAGAUAGAGUAAAAAAAAAUCCCCUUGAUGUAUAAGUGCUGACAGAAUCCCAUGAUAAUUGAACCUAAGUAUAUAGAAUUCUUUGUAAAAUUCAGUGCAAUAAUAUUUUAAGACAAAGUCAGAAUAUAUGAAUUCCAGAAGACCACUCAAAAUACAUGUUUAUAUGCAUUACUUGUGUAGGUUCCUUCUGUAUUAGUAAAAACUUGCUCUGUUAGAAAUAAAUCCAUAUGGGCAUAACAUCAUUUAACAGUGUAGAUAUAAAAUACUGUUUCAAUUAAUAUUAUUAAGAAUUAAUAAUCACUAACAAAGAAAGAAUAUCUUUUAAAACUAGUAUAUCUAAACUGUGCCCAUCUAAUGAAUGAGAUUAGUGGUGUCGAUUGUUUCAGACCAUUUAAUUUCCCUUAAAAAUCUUAAUUAUCAGGCCUUAUUUCACUCAUCAAACAUUAUUUGCAUUGGUACAGUUUCCAGAUGGCAAAAGAACAAUCACACAAACAAAAAUAUGGGGGGGGUCAUCUUAUCCCAAUUACCUUCAACUUUUUAUCAUUCUGAACCCAUUAAUCUUCCACGUUCUGAUAGCUCUCACUCAUUCCAGUAAAUUAGGUGCUACACUUGCAUUCCGGGAUCAGUUUGUAUUUCAUGUUGGCACCACUGUACGUCUCUGUCUGUUGUUCCAAAAAAUUGCCCCAUUUUAGUCAGUUAUAAGAGGACGAAGCACCGAAUGUAACUUUGCAUUUCUAGAGGCAAUAAGGAAAUAUAGUUAAUAUACUGUAAAGUUCUCGUGUUGCAAAUUUAUUAAAUAAAACUGAGAAACUGC